AUGGAACAAAGAGGAUGCGAGGCAAGAGGGGCAAGAAGACGGUGGAUCGGAUACGUGGUUGCUGUGCUUUUGUGGAGUGUGACAUCGGCGCAAUUAAGAUAUUCAAUCUCGGAGGAAGUUAAGGAAGGGACUGUUGUCGGGAAUAUAGCGAAUGAUUUGGGAUUAGAUAAAAUCACGUUGAAAGACAGGAAGUAUCGGAUUGUUUCUAGUGCCGUGGAACCUCUUUUCCAUGUAGAUCAGAACAACGGCAUCCUGUACGUAAGCAGAAAAAUUGACAGAGAAGACGUAUGUGAAAGGAGCAGUACGUGUUUAAUAAAUCUAAAAACAGUGUUAGAAAACCCACUGGAGGUGCAUUAUGUUGGAGUGGAAGUUGUGGACAUAAAUGACCAUUCACCCAGUUUCACAGAGAAAGAGAAAACGCUGGAGAUUUCAGAGUCUGUUUUACCUGGAGUACGUAUUCCGCUAAAAGCUUCACGAGACCCAGACGGAGGUCUUUUUUCGGUUCAGCAAUAUAAACUUAGCACCAAUGACCACUUCCGUUUAGAAGUUAAGGAUAAGGGAGAAGAUGGUAAAAUACCUAUAUUAAUUGUGCAAAAAUCGUUGGACAGAGAGGCAGCAAGAAGCCACUCGUUAGUGCUGACGGCGCUGGAUGGGGGGAAACCUCCGAAAUCUGGUGACAUGAAUAUUCUAAUUAAUGUUUUAGAUGUUAAUGAUAACGUGCCUGUUUUCACUAAAGAUGUUUAUUCUGUGAUGCUCGAUGAAAAUGCUCCAAUAGGCACAACAGUCAUACAAGUGAAUGCAACUGAUUUAGAUGACGGCCUGAACGGAGAGGUGGUUUACUCAUUUAGCAAUAGUGUGAGUCAUAGAUUAUUAAAUAUUUUUGAUAUCAAUCCAUCAACUGGGGAAAUAAUUGUGAAAGACAGUAUCGACUAUGAGGAGAAGGACAGAUAUGAGAUUGAAAUCCAAGCGUCAGAUAAAGGUUUUGCUCCUCUGGCCACACAAAAAAGCGUCAUUAUAAAGAUAGUUGACGUGAAUGACAAUGCACCUGAGAUUGAGGUUACGUCAUUCUCGAGCGCCAUCCCUGAAGAUUCCAGACCUGGAACUACAGUUGCACUUAUCAGUGUAAAUGAUUUAGACUCUGGACUAAAUGGAAAAGUUAUUUGUUCAAUAAGUGAGGAUGUUCCUUUUGUUUUAUCGCCAUCUUUACAAGACAAAAUGUAUUCGUUACUAACAAAGUCGCCUCUGGACAGAGAGAACCAGUCUCACUAUAUCGUAACAGUAGUUGCAAAAGACUGUGGCCAGCCCUCGUUAUCAUCUGAAAUGACGAUAAGCGUUGUGGUGUCAGAUGUGAAUGACAACAGGCCAGAGUUUUCACAGAGUCCCUACACUUUCUAUGUGACCGAGGGAAAUGAUCCAGGAGCCUCUGUGUUUUCAGUUAAAGCUUUUGAUCGUGAUGAGAACAACAAUGCGGAAGUUUCCUAUCAUAUUUUCAGAGAUGGAAGCGAAGAAAAUAAAUUGGCUUCAUUUCUAAACAUAAAUAUUGAGAAUGGAGAUAUUCUGGCACUAAAAAGUUUUGACUUUGAAACUCUGAAAACGUUCCACUUCCAAGUUGUCGCCACUGAUUCUGGAACUCCGUCACUAAGCAGCAACGUCACAGUGAACGUGUUCAUUCUGGAUCAGAACGACAACGCUCCAGUCAUCCUGUAUCCAGUCAGCUCCAACGGCUCUGCUGAAGGUGUGGAGGAGAUUCCCCGCAAUGUCAACGCAGGACACUUGGUGACUAAAGUCAGAGCCUAUGACGCUGAUAUAGGAUAUAACGGCUGGUUACUGUUUUCACUGCAGGAAGUUACUGACCACACUCUCUUUGGUUUGGACCGCUAUACAGGACAGAUCAGAACACUUCGCUCAUUCACAGAGACAGACGAGGCUGAGCAUAAACUGGUCAUACUGGUGAAAGACAAUGGCAACGUUUCCCUCUCGGCAACAGCUACUGUGAUUGUCAAAGUUGUGGAGCCCAAAGAAGCUUUUGCAGCUUCUGAUGUUAAAAGUGCAGCAAAAGAUGAGGAGGGGAAUGACGUGACUUUUUAUCUGAUGAUAACUUUGGGCUCAGUGUCUGUACUUUUUAUCAUCAGCAUUGUUGUUCUGAUUGCAAUGCAGUGCUCAAAAUCCCCAGACUAUACAUCCAAGUAUUUACAAGAGACAAAUUAUGAUGGGACACUGUGUCACAGCAUCCAGUACAGAUCAGGAGACAAACGCUACAUGUUAGUUGGACCCAGGAUGAGUAUAGGAUCUACUAUAGUCCCAGGCAGCCAUGCAAAUACUCUAGUGCUUCCUGACAGGAGACGGGCAUCUGGAGAGGUAAGAGCGCCGACCUCUGAGUUCAAGGGGAGUGUCGCUAUCCGUGGGCUGCAAUAA